AUGCUGUCGCUGCUGCCGCUGUUGCUGUUGGGCGCCCCGGGGUUGAGCCUGCCUUCGGGGGGGCCCCCGGGGGACACGGAGCUUGUCACCCCCCUCCGCUUGGACCCCGAUAUCAACGGGCGCUCUUACUUCAGCUGGGGACCCGGUGGUGGGGGGACAGUGGACGGUGGCUGGGCCAAGUGGGCGCCCUAUGGACCGUGCUCGAGGACCUGUGGUGGUGGGGUCCAGCUGGCCAAGAGGGACUGCACCCACCCCGUGCCAGCCAACGGGGGCUCCUACUGCGAGGGUGUCCGUGUCAAGUACCGCUCCUGCAACCUGGACCCCUGCCCCGCUGCAGUGCCAGGGAAGAGCUUCCGUGAGGAGCAGUGUGAAGCUUUCAACGGCUACAGCCACAGCACCAACCGACUCACCGCCUCCGUCUCCUGGGUCCCCAAAUACUCCGGCGUCUCGCCCCGAGAUAAAUGCAAGCUCAUCUGCCGGGCUAACGGCACCGGCUACUUCUACGUGCUGGCUCCCAAGGUUGGUGAAGGACCUCCAGGGUCAGCAUCUGGGCUGGAGGAUGACUCCGCCAAGCGUUUCGCCUCGGUCCCCCGUUACGUGGAGACCUUGGUGGUGGCCGACGAGUCGAUGGUGAAGUUCCACGGGGACGACCUCCAGCACUACCUGCUCACCUUGAUGGCCACCGCCGCCCGGCUCUACAAGCACCCCAGCAUCCGUAACCCCAUCCAGAUCUCCGUCGUCAAGUUCCUCCUCAUCGGGCAGGACGACAAAGGGCCCAAGGUGACGGGCAACGCCGCCCUCACCCUCCGCAACUUCUGCGCCUGGCAGAAGAAGUGGAACAAGGUCAGCGACAAGCACCCCGAGUACUGGGACACCGCCAUCCUCUUCACCAAGCAGGACCUUUGUGGGGCCACCACCUGUGACACGCUGGGGAUGGCGGACGUGGGCACCAUGUGUGACCCCAAGCGCAGUUGCUCCGUCAUCGAGGACGACGGGCUGCCCUCAGCUUUCACCACGGCCCACGAGCUGGGCCACGUCUUCAACAUGCCCCAUGACAACGUGAAGGCCUGUGAGGAGGUCUUCGGUCGGCUGAAGACCAACCACAUGAUGUCUCCCACCCUCAUCCAGAUCGACCGUGCCAACCCCUGGUCAGCCUGCAGUGCUGCCAUCAUCACUGACUUCCUCGACAGCGGCCACGGAGAUUGCUUGCUGGACCAGCCUGCCAAACCCAUCCCGCUGCCCGAAGACCUACCGGGGACGAGCUACAGCCUGAACCAGCAGUGUGAGCUGGCCUUUGGGGUGGGCUCCAAGCCCUGCCCCUACAUGCAGUACUGUGCCAAGCUCUGGUGCACGGGCAAAGCCCGGGGACAAAUCGUCUGCCAGACCCGACACUUCCCCUGGGCGGACGGCACCGGCUGCGGGGAGGGUCGCUUCUGCUUGAAGGGGGCCUGCGUUGAGAGGCAUAACAUCAGUAAGUACAGGGUGGACGGUGGCUGGGCCAAGUGGGCGCCCUAUGGACCGUGCUCGAGGACCUGUGGUGGUGGGGUCCAGCUGGCCAAGAGAGACUGCACCCACCCCGUGCCAGCCAACGGGGGCUCCUACUGCGAGGGUGUCCGUGUCAAGUACCGCUCCUGCAACCUGGACCCCUGCCCCGCUGCAGUGCCAGGGAAGAGCUUCCGUGAGGAGCAGUGUGAAGCUUUCAACGGCUACAGCCACAGCACCAACCGACUCACCGCCUCCGUCUCCUGGGUCCCCAAAUACUCCGGCGUCUCGCCCCGAGAUAAAUGCAAGCUCAUCUGCCGGGCUAACGGCACCGGCUACUUCUACGUGCUGGCUCCCAAGGUUGUGGAUGGCACCCCUUGCUCCCCAGACUCCACCUCCGUCUGCGUCCAGGGCAAAUGCAUCAAGGCUGGCUGCGACGGGAAGCUGGGCUCCAAGAAGAAGUUUGACAAGUGCAGCGUGUGUGGAGGAGACAACAAGAGCUGCAAGAAGGUCUCGGGCUUGUUCACCAAACCCAUGCACGGCUACAACUUCGUGGUGGUCAUCCCGGCGGGCGCCUCCAACAUCGACAUCAGGCAGAGGGGCUACAAAGGGCUCAUCAGCGAUGACAACUACCUGGCCCUGAAGAACGGGCAGGGCAAGUACCUGCUGAAUGGCCACUUCAUCGUCUCGGCCGUGGAGAGGGACCUGAUGGUGAAGGGCAGCGUCCUGCGCUACAGCGGCACCGGCACCGCCGUGGAGAGCCUCCAAGCCUUCAAACCCAUCCAAGAACCCUUGACUUUGGAGGUGCUCUCCGUGGGGAAGAUGACCCCUCCUCGGGUACGCUACUCCUUCUACCUCCCCAAGGAGAGCAAGGAGGACAAGUCCUCCUACAAGAAGGAAGGGGGCAAGACCCCGCCGGACCUCAACAACAGCGUCCUCAGCCUCUCCAACCGUUUGGACGGGGGGAGACCCAGCUACAAGCGUCCUUCUUACAAGUGGGCAGCUGGGGGUUGGGAGGCUUGCUCCGUCACCUGUGGGGAUGGCUUGCAGAAGAGGUCGGUGGCUUGCCGUGACUCCUACGGCCAACCGGCCGCCGAGUGCGAUGCCGCCCAACGACCGGCCGACGUCCGGCUCUGUGGGGAACCUUGCCCGGUUUGGGAAGCUGGACCUUGGUCUCCUUGCUCCAAGAGCUGUGGUCGAGGUUUCAAGAGGAGGGGGCUGAAGUGUUGGGUCCCCGGAGGACGCCUGCUGCCCCGGGAGAGUUGCAAUUUUCGGAGGAAGCCCCAGGAGCUGGAUUUUUGCACCUUGAGGCCUUGCUGAGCGGGUGGAGGAGGCAUCUGAGAGGGAAGGGCACGGCGUUCCCCAUGGCUGGAUGCAGCCGAGGGGGUGGGGAAGAGGGAGAGAUGUCCAUAGCACAUAGUAAACGGGGCUGGGGGGAAAAGAAAUGGAAAAGCAAAGAAAAAAAGGGGAAAAAAAAAAGGGACCUGGGUGUGGGGACAGAGCACGCACACCCCACGUGCCCGGGAGAGAGGGAUUUUUGGUUUUUUUGGUGUUUUUUUGUUUUUUUUAACCGACCAGGUCACUCGGAGACAGGGCGGGAACGAACAUCUACCUCGAAGCCGCCGAGCGACGCGGAAACCCAGUGGCUGGGAGUUGUGGGGAAAAGGGGUUGGAUGGAUGGGAAGGAAAGGGGGGAGGAAUCUCCAUCCCGGGAUGGGGAUGGAUCCCGGGCCAGGCAGGGAGAAGCCCCUAAAUUGCACAGUCCAAACCUCCCCCCACCCCAACUUCCCCGGGGCCAAGCCUACCUCCCCCAACACUCCUCCUAAAAGGGACCAAAAAAGGAUUUACCAAUGCAACGACGGCAAAUCCUACUGUCCAGCCACUGGUGUGAUGAGUUGUUGGGCCUGAUGCCUCCAGGGCUCGCUGGUGAGGACUUUUCCAGGUCUGGGAGAGCCAGGCUGGCAGGUGGUGGCUUUAUUUUCGUUUUCUCCUCGUGUUUAUGACCUGACCAGUGUAGAUUUUAUGGUGCUUAACUCUGUAUUUUUUAUUUUUUUUUUGGUUGUUGUUUUAACCUCCUUCCCUCCCCUCCCCGAGGGAUGUAACCCUUGCAUAGUGGGGAUGGUGUUAUUCCUUGGGGGGGACUUUAUUUCCCAUCCUAUGGUGCUUCGGUCCAGGGCAGGUUGGAAAACCACCCGCCUGAGGUUUUUCAGGGUUCAAAAAGGAUCACUACGGACCUGAGAUCUGAGCUGUCAUUCCAAAAAAAAACCCCAAAAAAGACCCAACAAGCAACUGUACUGUGGUACCACGGGGUCAGCCCCACCAGUCACCGGUACUUGACUCCGCUCUGGAAAUGGUGCUCGCUGCUUAAUGGGACCAGUAUGCCAUGCCCAAACACCUCUGCCCUCCACGCUUUGGGCCAGGCUGGGCUAUUUUUCCUUCUGUGU